CCAUCCAUACCACACACGCAUACACCCGCACGUACACACACACGCUAGUUACACAUCCCCCUCGUAGGCAUGGCACUUGUGCCCACACGGUCUGUCUCCCCCACGCCGCGGCAGGUGGCGAAAGGCGACCAGGGUGAUGCGACGAGUUCGGCAGGAAGGAGCAGCCAGACGGAGAUGGGAGUUGGUGGAGAUUCUGGCGGGAGCUCGAGUCAGGAGCGGCAGUCUGCCGGGAGUAUGGCACGUGAGGUGGCCGAGGCCAAGGCGGCACAGGUGGCGGCCAAGGCGUCCCUGCUCAUGUAUGAGGGCGUGGGCGAGAUGCCCAAGCCUCAGAAGUUUGUCACGCCGCCGUCCGACUCGCUCAUCUGCCCCAUACAUCUGGGCCUGUUUGUGGAGCCGGCCAUUGCGCGGUGUGGACACACGUUCUGCCGCGAGUGCAUUCUCGAGUCGCUCGACCACAUGGCCCAGUGCCCGGUCGAUGCGCAGCCGUUGGAGAAGGACAUGCUGGUACCGAAUCUGGCGGUCAAGGGCCAGAUCAACGACCUGAUUGUUUUCUGCCCCUACGGCCUCAAACAGGCCGACAAUGCUGACGAUCUCGGCCUUGACGACCAGUGGGUUGUCGAUGAGCUCGGCUGCUCGGCGAGGCUGCGCAUCGGUGACCUGGCGGCGCAUGAGCGCGAGUGCGAGUUCCGUCCGGUCGUCUGCCCCAACUCGGUCAAGUGCGGUCUGCUCCGUGCGGCGGCGCUCGAGGCGCAUCUGGAGACAUGCGGGCGGAUUGGGUGUCCCAACGCUGUCAUAGGGUGCGACUUUGAGUCGACGAUCGCAGGCGUGGAAGAGCACCUGCCCGGUUGCAAGUUUGAGGCGAUGAAGGACGUGAUGGCGGCGACCAACGCGCAGUUUACCGAGCUCAAGGACAUGCUUGUGCUCAAGGACCGCGAGAUUGCGCUGCUGACACAAACGGUGCUCGACCUCUCACAUAAGCUCGAAAACUUGGCUGGCAACAUCGAGCACAAGCUCGACAUCUAUGACCAGACCAUCUGCAAAAUGCACAUCUCCAUUGAGGACACGCGGAGGCAGGUGGGUCACUCGCUCGACGAAAUCACCAUGGUCAAGCAGCGUAUCGGCUCCGAGGCCGACACUCAGAUCUACCCGCACCUCUACCGCUGCAAGGGCACGGUCUCGGGCCACUCGGGCCCGGUGUGGACGCUUGCUGCCACCGAGACGCUUCUCUUUUCGGGCUCGUCCGACGAGACCAUCCGCGUCUGGUCGCUGGCGACGUACCAGUGCCUGCACACGCUCGAGGGCCACAACGGCAUUGUCCAUGCCCUGGUGGUGUACCACGGAGUCGACGGCGACAUGCUCAUCUCGGGCUCAUCCGACUGUACCAUCCGAGUGUGGGACGUGACCUCGUUCGAGUGCGUCCGCACCAUCGACACCAACGAGAACGUGUGCACGCUUGCGGUCCACAACAACUUGCUCUUUGCCGGCACGCUCAAGCAGAUCCUCGUUCACGACCUCGAGACCUUUGAGAUUGUGCACGAGCUCAAGGACCACAACCACUGGGUCCGGGCCAUGACCAUCCACGAGAAUGUCCUCUACGCUGGAUCGUACAACACCAUCAAGGCGUGGGACCUAACCGACUUUACCUGCAAGGCCACCAUCCAGUGCUCCGACGGAUCGGUCUACUCACUUGCCGUCACCGGCCCGUACCUGGUCUCGGGCACGUUUGAGAACCGGGUCCAGGUCUUUGAGCGUACUUCGCACGAGCUCGUCCACUCGCUGCAGGGCCACAUCGGCACUGUCUAUGCAGUCAUCGCCGUCCCGGGCUACGUCUUCUCAGGCUCGUACGACAACACCGUCAAGGUGUGGAACAUCAAAACUUGGCAGUGUGUCCAGACGCUUGUCCGCCACACCUCGUCGGUCGACGCCCUCAUCUUUGCCCACAACAAGCUCUUUUCCGGCUCUGCCGACAACUCGAUCAAGGUCUGGCAAUAGUGCUCCGUCUGGCCAUCGAUCGCAACCGCUGCGACCACCCACUCCCCCAGAUCCCCACAUGCGAACUGUAGUGAGGGCCGCUUCUUAGCCUUGUCUCUCACCCCGCUAGACCGUGGCUUUCCUUCCGGCCCAAUGAACGUUGUGUCUCCUUG